AUGCCCCCCCACCUCACAAUCGACGACCUCCUCUCCUCGCCCGACGAACGCUCCCAAGAGCUCGCCACCGUCGCAGCAAUCUACCCCGAGCUGCUCCCGCUCACGCCCACCUCGGCCACCAUCCAGCUGCCCGUGAGCCCCGUCGCGCCCGUGCCCGUGCUCUUCAAAGACGAAAACAGCAAGAGCAAGAACCAAGCAUUGCUCCCCAUCUCGCACUUCCCGCCGCUGACGCUCGUGUGCACCCUCCCCAGCGGCUACCCCACGACGUCGCCGCCGGCCAUCGAGCUGAGCACCUCGCCGCCCUGGCUACCCGAGGCGGUCAUCGCGCGCCUGCAGGCCGAGAUCGCCGCGCUGUGGGAGGACUAUGGGCGCGAGCAGACGGUGUACACGGCCAUCGACCACGUGCAGACGUGCGCCGAGCGGGCGUUCGAUCUCGCCGCGCCGCUGGCGCUGCCGGCGCGCAUGAGGGCGCAGAUGGCGGAGUACAACGAGACCACGGCGAGGGCCGUGUUUGCGGCCGGCACAUACGAGUGCGGCAUCUGCCUGGAGCCCAAGAAGGGGGGCGUGUGCCACCGCCUGAGGUCCUGCACGCAUGUCUUCUGUAGGGCGUGCUUGCAGGAAUACUUUUCGGCGUGCAUCAAGGAGGGGCAUGUGUCGUCCGUCACCUGCUCGGACCCGGCGUGCGUCAAGAAGGCCGCGAAGGCGGUGGUCGCUGCUGCCCCGCCGCCGCCGUCGUCGCAAGCGGACGGCGCCGAUGCUGCGCCGAAGAGCACAAAGAGCAUGCCGCCGACGCUCCCGCCGGACGAGCUGCUAGACAUCGGCAUCUCAAAGGAGCUCGUGAAGCGCUAUGUCGACUUCAAGCAGAAGUCGGCGCUGGACGCAGACCCGGGCACGGUCUACUGCCCGCGCAGCUGGUGCCAGGCGCCGAGCCGCGAGAGCAUCGCCGCGCUGGAAAAGGCCAUGCUGCAGAACCACACGACGUACUAUCUCCCCCCGCACGGCCUGGCCCCGGCCGCCACCGCCGCCCCAAACACCACCACCACCACCACCACCACCACCGUGGCGGCACCGCCGCACCAGAGGCUGCAGGUGUGCUCGCGCUGCGCGCUCGCGUUCUGCCGUGUGUGUGAGCGCAGCUGGCACGGCGAUGGCACGAUCUGCAGGGCGCCCAACGCGCCGCUGACGGCAGAGGAGAUUGCGAACGAGGAGUACAUCAAGAAGAACACCACGUCGUGCCCGGAGUGCAGCACGCCGAUCCUAAAGAGCCAUGGGUGCAACCACAUGAUCUGCAAAUGCCAGGCGCACUUCUGCUUCCUGUGCUCGGCGUAUCUGUCGCCGAGCCAGCCGUUUAAGCAUUUCAACACGGAGGGCAUGCAGUGCUAUCAGCGGCUUUGGGAGGGCGAGGAGGGCGAUGGCGGCAGGGAUAGGGUCGUGGAUGGGUUUGAUGGGUUUGUGGUUGUCCAGGAGGUCGGGGGGUGA